AAUGUCUUCAGUCUAGAGCAAAAAGAAAUGAAUUUGCCUUGCCGUUACAAUAGUUUCGGAGGAGACUGUAUAAACCCAAACCCUUGGAUUGUUCCCUUUUGCUGAACAGCAAUACAGAUUAUUUAAUUUUUAGAUUUGGACUUUUUCUCAAAGAAGGUAAAGCUUUGCAAGGGCUUGGAACCAACCUGGCACUGGUCACUGAGGAGGUACCUGAAUGUACCUUUAUCUGCUUUUCUGUACUGGUCCAUUCGAGUCUCAGCAGGGAGGAGCCCAUUUUGAAUGGGCUAGUGUGUGUGUGUGUGUGUGUGUGUGUGUGUGUGUGUGUGUGUGUGUGUGUGUGUGUGUGGAUUCAAACAGCACUGUGCGUGUGUGCUUGAUGGAUUUCUUGCUGCUUCGAAAAGAAAACUAUAUUAUAAUCUCAGUCUCACAAGUCGCAGGAGCGACGAGAUUAAACACAUCUCUUUUAUUGUGCAUAUUAGUGCUGUGGAUGAUUUCUGAUCUACUUUUGUGGCUGACGCUAUAGGUGUUACUUUGUUGAUUCGGAGCGUGUGCAGUUUUGGACGGAACGAGAAGAAGAAAGCACUGGGAAGUGCAUUAUUACAGUCGUGCUGUGAACUUUGCGUAAUUUGAGAUGUGCGUCAGGAGCACGAGCACUUAAAACCCAAACCCGAAGAUGCAUAUGUGUGCGAUUUUAUGCUCAAUUCUACUCGGCUUUGCUGCAAUUGGCAAAGCUGCAGAAUGUGAAUCUGGGUGCAAUCUUGCCAAUGGGGUUUGUGACAGUGGAGUGUGCAGGUGCAACCCUGGCUGGAAGGGUGCAACAUGUGAGCAGUGCAUUCCUCUCCCCGGUUGUGUUCAUGGAACAUGUGAAAACGCUUGGCAGUGUACAUGCGAGCAGGGAUGGGUAGGCAGUCAAUGUGACCAAGACGGCCAUCUGUGUUCAUCAAAGCCUUGUUCUGGCAAUUCAACCUGCAUUGAAAAAGAAGAGGGUGGAUAUCUCUGUAUCUGUCCUCCUGGAUACACAGGCAAACAUUGCCAACUGAAGAAAGGACAGUGUCUAAUGAAUGGUUCUCCAUGUCAGAAUGGUGGAACCUGUGUGGAUAGUAACGGAUUUGACAGUCACUCAUCUUGCCUGUGUACUCCUGGAUUCACUGGAGAUUUCUGCGAGAUUGAUGUUGACGCUUGUGAGUCCAGCCCAUGUCUAAACGGCGGCACAUGCACUGAUCGUGGACUAGUCUACACCUGCACUUGUCCUCCUGCUUUCUCUGGUCCUAUCUGCAACAUCAGCUUGGCUUUAUGCUCUGACAGUGCCUGUAACAAUGGGGGUACCUGUUUAAUUGAGACCAGCAGUGGAACUCGAUGUAUCUGUCCACCCGGCGUAACAGGACCUUUGUGUGACUAUCACAUCCAUGAGUUCAAACCGAAAGCCAAGUUUAAACCACCAAACCUAGGCCAUCCUCCCCAGCAAUUUAGCCUCCCUGCUCAUCCUUUCAACAAGCUGUUGAGACACCCUGAGCACGAGUUCCUAAAGAUCACCAUGAAAAAGUCAGCGGAUGCCUCCAGUCCACUGGUCACACGCAGCCAGGUGAUCUGCUUCGCAGUUUUGGGUCUGCUCACCUGCUUGGUGGUCUUGGGUACCACAAGCAUCAUCUAUAUCAAUCGCUGUGAGACGUGGCUGGCAAAUGCGAAGUAUAGCAAACUUAUGCGCAAACAGAGAAACUUCCUCCUAAAGGCCAGUGACAAGGAGCACUCUGUACAUAUCAUCCUACCUGAGAAAAUUAAGCUGACCAAUUAUGGGAAACACUACACAACCAUAUAACAGCUGGACCACCAGACACUUGUUCUUUUGGUUUUGUGAGCAUCAAACUAUUGUUACUUGUUUGGUUGUUGAAUAUGAAUAUUUGGGUAUUGGGUCUUAUUUGGAAAUAUUUAAGAAAAUAUUUAUUUCAGGGGCUAGGAGUAGAUUUUUGUAGAUUAUACAUUAUGGUUACACACAAUAAUUACAAUAGCUCAUGUGUAGCUCUGUGUAAAAAAAAACAGCUCUUCAUAUUAGUCUUAACAUUUCAAGAUGUCAUAUUUUUGCAAAUUUGGUUAGCGAUACAAUACCACAUCUG